UGAGAAGAAGCAAAACAAAAUCAAAGAGAAGCAGCAGAAAAAGAAAUGGAAGACGUGAUAACAGAAGCAGCACCCCCAUCAAGGUUCCUGGAAGAAGACCUAAACAUCUUCACACCCCCAUCCCCACCUCUCCCCAAACCUUUCCUCAUCUUCCCACACAAUAAACAAACCCUCAAACCCUCUCUUCUCAUCAUCGCCCUCUCCCCCUCCUCCCUCGCUCUCUUCAACCAAACCCUAACCCUAACCCUAACCCCACUCGCCUCCCUCAUUCUCCCGGAACUCCCCCUCUCCCUCCCUGACCACAACGUUUCCAUCCUCCCCCUCUCCCCGGACACCCUCCUCGCCCCCGUGCCUUUCCCCGUCCCCUCCCACCGCGCCCACGCCGUCGCCCGCGCCCUCCUCUCUAUCCGGCCCGACUCCGUACUCGUCCUCGACUCCCUCGACCCCACCAACUUCCGCGGGAAGCUCUCCUCCGACGACGCCGUCGCGUUCAAGCUCGAGACCUCCGCCGAGAUGAAAAGGGCUCACGAUGAGAAGCUCUUGGGGGAGGAAUUGGAUUACUACCCUUCCGGGAGCGUUGUGGACGGGCUGGGCGCCGCGAUUCUCGCACGGUGCCAGCUGAUGAACAUCAGGGCGAGUCUCUGUGUCUCGUGGCCUCGGUUCGAUAAGUCGGUGGUGGCGUUGAUUAAGGGAUUGCUUGGACGCCGCGUGCUACCGGGGUUCGAGUUUGGGUUGAGUGACGACGAGGUUUUGAAAAUUGGGAGGAGUAGGGAUAGGGUUGUGCAUUCUGAGUUGUAUAUUUGAUUUACUGUGUGAUUUUAUUUUAUAUUCAUGGUUUGAUCCCCUGAGGAGUAGUUCGGUAUUUUAAGUUACUGUGUGAUGUUGUGAUUGGUAAUUUGAUUAAUUAGUCACAGCUACAGAUUUUACAUUGAAACAUGUGUUAUGACUAGAGGAAUUGUUUGGCAAAAGGGGUAGUUGGUUUUUUUGUUGUGGUUCAUUUUAUAGCUUUGUUGAUUUAUUUUAGACAUGGCCACGGAUAGCAUGCACAUUUGUAAUAGCUAAAAACUUAAAUGCAGUGUUUCUUGUGACUUU